UCACCACGCAAAUGCGAGGCUCAGGGCAUGUGCGCAGUGUGGCGGCGAUCGCCGCUCGGUCAUGUGAUCAGCUGUGUCCAAUCACAGAUGAUCACAUGGGACAUGUACACUGAUCAUCAGGGCACUGAUGAUCAGUGUGCCCUGAUGAUCAGUGUGGCCCCAAAAGUGCCACCUGCAAGUGUCCAUCAGUGCCAGCAGUCAGUGCCCAUCAGUGCCACAUCAAUGCCACAUAUCAGUGCAUACCAGUGCACAUCAAUGCCACAUAUCAGUGCCCAUCUGAGCUGCCCUUCAGUGUCACCCAUCAUGCCAGUCAGUGCCACCUAUCAAUGCCAAUCAGUGCCACCUAUCAGUGCUGCCAAUCAGUGCCACCUAUCAGUGCUGCCAAUCAGU